AUGGACAUGAUGUGUCCACCGAUUACCGGAAAGGUUGGAAGUAAUCAGGUUAGAGUUAUCUUCAUGAAAUUGUGUAAUAAGUUUUACUCGAUUAUAGAUGAAUGGAAUACGAUGAAUGCUUCUCCGUAUAUCCAGGAGGAAGUGUUUUUUAAAUGCGAAUUUGCUAGUCAGGAUGAUUUUGCAAUUCCGGAAACAUGGCUGAGCUUGAACCUCAUAUGUUUAAAUAAUAUAAUUUUUCCCGCUUUUUAUCAAUUCGGAAAAGAUCAUAUCCUGAAUGGAUAUACUUUAUCACAGUUCUCAACUGAACAAUUUCACGCCGUAUAUUGGAAAUUUCCGACAACUUCUGACCUUACUAUUUUGCAAAAUGUAUCAUCAUCAUCAGUUAUAUCCUUGACCUUAUCGAGUCGUUUAGUUGAAGAGGUCAAUUUACAAUUGUAUAUGACCUUGCAAAUUAUUUAUUACUUGUGUCCUGGCUUGGUACCACAAACUUCAAUUUUGAAUUCUUCAACUCCUUGGAUUGUUUCACAUGGUAUACUUGCUUGUUAA